AUAGAUAAUAGAAACUAAACUCCAGCUCGAAACUUUUAUUGGGCGCCUCCAGUUAGAGGUGAGUGCUCCUGGCUCGGCUUGGAUGCAAACUGCUUCACAUUUUCUGCCAGACUGGCUUUUAGAUGGGAGCGAGCUGUCCCAGUAAUUGUGGAGGGAGAUUCAGUCAAUCGCAACUAUCUGUGCAAGUUAUGCGGAGGAAACACUCUAGACCGAACAUCUUGGCUUUCUGAUUGUGAUAUUGGAAAUCGCUGCGUCCGUCCAGAACUACAUUUGGAUCAAUAAGAAUUGGAAACUCCCCCCCCCCCCCCCUUAAAUGCUCUGAAUCGUGCGACUAAUUUUCUAUGAAAUUGCACAAGAUGUCCGGCCAAAACCUGUCGAUUUCAGACAGGUUCCUCUUAUCCAAUCUGCAGCCCCGCAAGUCAGUUUCAGGCGAAUUUCUUACUUAAGAACGCGGAUAAACGUGAAUCAUUUUGACAGAAUCGCUUUGUUGGUGAAAUCAGCAAUGAACUGAUACCAGAGUGAAGAAAAUUUGAGUAUAUUCCGAACUCAAAACCUUUCUGUGUGCCUUUCGUUUUUCAACGCGUCGGGGCGUUACAUCACUUAGAAAAUGUACCAGAGUCUGGCAACGACCUAUCCCCACGAAGCUUCCAGUAAUUUCAUGCAUUCGUCAACGGCCUCACCUGUGUAUGUUCCCACAACUAGGGUCCCCUCCAUGCUGCCCAGCAUACCGUAUCUCCAAAACUGUGAAUCGGCCCAUCAGAGUCAUCACCUGAGCAAUCACACAGGCUGGUCGCAACCAGGUACGGAAAGCUCCGGAUUCAACCCCAGCAGCCCUCAUCCUUCGACCACCUUCUCCUAUUCUCACAGUCCCCCCAUGAACCACGGUGCCGGGAGGGACGCGGCGUACACCAACCCCUUAGUCAUCAGCGCUAGCGGCAGGGAACAGUACGGCAAUGCCCUGGUCAGGUCGGUGAAUGGAUCCUACUCCAGCCCGUAUCCUACCUAUGUCGGCCCAGAGAUGACUUCAGCCUGGCCACCUGGGCCCUUCGAGAGCAGCAUGAUUCACAGUCUACAGGCCAGACAAGUCUCUAUGUCUGGGAGGAGGUCCAGUCUGGAGAUGUUGGAAGAUUUCCCUGAGGGCCGUGAGUGUGUGAAUUGUGGGUCCAUGUCUACUCCGCUCUGGAGACGGGAUGGGACGGGCCAUUAUCUCUGCAACGCGUGCGGGUUGUAUCACAAAAUGAACGGGAUGAACCGACCGCUCAUUAAACCACAAAGGAGAUUGUCAUCAUCCAGACGUGCUGGUUUGUGUUGCACUAACUGUCACACCUCUACUACAACCCUUUGGAGAAGGAAUGCUGAAGGGGAGCCAGUGUGCAAUGCAUGUGGACUCUAUAUGAAACUUCAUGGGGUGCCACGCCCAUUGGCCAUGAAGAAAGAAAGUAUCCAGACAAGAAAAAGAAAACCUAAGAAUGUUACCAAAUCCAAAGCUUCCUCAGGCACAGCUUCAGGAACCAACUCCCCAUCUUCUAUGUCAAACUCUGAAAAUGCAUCAACUAUCAAAACUGAAUCUGAUUUGGCCUCAUCUCCAUAUGCAGGGCAAACAGUAGUGUCUGUUUCUCAGGCACCACCCACAGCUAUGAUAAGCCGAGAAGACUUGAAUCGUGGUCCUUCACAGUUGAAAUACGUACCUGAAGAUUAUUCUUAUACCUCAGCCACUGCAAUCCCACAGACUGGAGUUAAUGUUCCACUCAGACAAGACUCUUGGUGUGCCUUGGCCCUGGCAUAAAGUAUGGUCUUACAAUUUUUGGUCCAACUUUUCUGCUUUGUCAUUGAGUGGACUAUCCAGAUACCCAAAGGGGUUGAAAGAAAUAACUUGAGCCCACAUAUUUGUAUUGCAUAUUUCUAAUUGGUGAAAUGCCACAAAAGCUCAGUUACCUAACCAUCCCAGCAAAAAACUCUUGAUUCCGGAUCUGGGUACAAGCUUUAUUUGUGAAUCAGUAAAUUUCAACAUCCCUGGCAACAAGCGAUCAAGUGAAACAUAUACUGUUCAUCUCAAACGUGAAUGAAAUCAAAACCAUUCUUUCAAAGUGACUUCUUGUGAACUAUUUGUGAGUGCAAUUAAUUUCAUUAGAUCAGCAGUAAUGACUGAUCCUGUUAGGCUGAAUAACUUAAUAAUUUAAAGGGAAAGUGUGAACAGAAAUUAUUGUGUGUUAUGUUGAAAUAUUGCUUCUUUCGAUGGACAGAUAUUUCACUUUUGCUUUGAGUAUUUUAAUGUUAUACUGUACUAAAGAAAGUAGUCUGUUCCUUUUUUGUUAUAGAACUUUUAAAAUAUUUUGCCUUUUUAAAAACAAGAUGAAUUCAUUCAUCUAUAAUCUAUAAAUAUAUAUUAAAAAUCAAGGCUUCCAAUCUCUACACAGAAAUAUACAUAGAUGGUUAAUGGGAAAAAAGGAUCGAACAGCAUUUGACAUGUAUAUUACACAGUAGAAAGGUUAUUUUAACAAUGCUAAUGUUUUGCAUAUCCAAAAGAAUACACAUGUAAUUACCUUUGAGACGCUGUUGUAAAAUAUGUUGUGAAUAAAAAUGUAACUUUGACACAGUCUUUAGCAAUUAUUAUCUGAGAGCUAAACUAUAAAGCAAACUAGAUGACAAGAUGUUUACUAUUGACUCACAAACCUUUAAGUUGAGGUGCAAUGGAGAAUCACUCUGUAAAUGGUAGACAUUAUCUCAAUUUGUACACAAAAUACCUCAAAAUAAAUUAAGAUAGUUAUUCUCCAUUAACGAUCAUUUUCAUUUUAAAAAAAUCACUUAAUUAUAUGAUUCUUACUUCAUGCCUAAUAGUUUAUUCUGAAUAUUUAUUAGCCAAUUGAAAAUUAUACAAACCAAAUUUGCCAUUAAAUCAAUGGCAAAUAUUACAGAGUCAGUUUGUGUAACUGGUGGAAUUGAUUUCCCAGUAAUUUGCUAGAAAUAUUAAACCAUGGAAAGAACUUUCUAUCAACUAAAAUGACAUGAUGACAAAAUAUUGAGUUAAAAUAUGUGUUCUCUUGGGUUACAGGUGAUGAAUGAUAUGGCAAAUGUAUUUUUUUAAUUAUGCAAAAUAUGGUGCCUAAUUGCUACCAUAAUUCAAUCAUAUGAUAAACUGUAACUGCUAAGAACUAAAAAGAGAUGAUUAGUUUUAGAAAAUGCAUUAACUGAUAAAGUGAUUUGAACGUUGCAAUAUGACUCCUGUUAUUGAUCUUCAAUUUACUGACUGUAUAACACGUUUUUAUACAUUUUAUCUAAGUAGAGUAUUGUGCACAUUUCAAAAAUCUAAUUAGUUUAUGAUUGAUAUGGACAAGGAAAUUAUUACUUUCAGUACUUUUGCUGUCAAAUGUUUCAUCCUUGUAAGGCUGACAAUAAAUACAGAUCAUUUACUGAA